GUUUCUACAUUUCUAUUGUUUAUAGAUUAAGAGCUAGAGUGAAUAGGUGCAUGAGAAAAGUGAGGGAGAGAGCGAAUUCCAUAAGUUAUUAAUUCAAUUUCUUCCGUAAGUUAUAAAUCUAAAAUGAUGUAAUGCAAUAAAAAAGAAACACAAAAGUGUUUCGAAUUUUAUCGAAACAAAUCCUCAUUAAAAAGUCCGAUAAUUGUGCAUACGGUAGGUAUAAUUAAUUGUUAUCGUAAAUAUAAAAUUUUCUUGUAAGAUUUAAGUUUGCCAUUCGCCAGCUGUAGCUACGUACUUUAAUAACAAAAACGGUUUUUACUUAACAGAGUAACUUAAAUGGAGUUUUCUGUCGCUUCAUAUCAAUAUGAAUAUCAAUUUUGGAGCCGCGCAACUGGAGAUAUUAAUAUUAACGUUACAAAUGUGUCUAACAAAAGCCUAAUUGAAAUAGUUUUUGUUUCUUAUCACACAAGCCAUACAUUCGUAAUUUUACGAUAGGAAUUUUUGUCACAAUUUGAACUUAUUAUAUCAUGGUCACCCCAACUCCGAAUAAGGAAAUACUAAGCUUAAUAAAAUAUUAAUAGGCUAAUACGUGCAUUUUUGUAACAUCCUGUAUAAGUUCUGUUUAUUAUUAGUGCAAUGCCAACAGGCUAUCUAUUAGUGGUGCACAUAGUUGCGGGACUCCGGCCGGGGUUCGUGAUAACACUAUAAUGUAUCAUUAUAUAUAUUUCCACUGUUUAAUUCACAUCAUUUUAAUAUUUCGUGUACAAGCAACAGUAAAAGAACGCAAUGAAUUGGAUUCGAAGUUGUGUUUUCACAGUUCCUUCGCGUUCGGUGUAGCUACCGCCUCUUUCCAGAUUGAAGGUGCCUGGAAUGUAUCAGGUAAAGGCGAGAGCAUAUGGGACAGGUAUACUCACGAGCACCCAGAGCGCGUCUUCGACCACAAGAACGCUGACGUGGCUGAUGGGUCCUACUACAAGGUGAAGGAAGAUGUCCAGCUACUCUCGCAGUUGGGAGUCAACUUCUACCGGUUUUCAAUCUCCUGGCCUCGGAUACUGCCUGAUGGGUUAAGCAAUAAUGUAAACGAAGACGGCAUACGGUACUACAAGGAGCUGAUAGAGGAGUUACGUAAAAACAAGAUCACUCCAGUGGCCACCAUGUACCACUGGGACCUGCCUCAGAGCCUGCAAGAGCUUGGCGGUUGGACUAACCCUAUUAUAGCUGAUUAUUUUGUGGAUUACGCACGUGUACUUUUAGAUAACUUCGGAGACACUGUAAAGGUCUGGUUGACGUUCAACGAGCCUCUAACGUUUUGCGAGAAUGGCUAUGGAGGUGACGACGCUCCAGGCGGCAGGUCCAGCGGGUUCGAGGACUACAUGUGUGGGCAUAAUGUGCUCAGAGCACACGGCAUGGUCUACCGCAUGUUUGACCAGAAAUAUCGGAAAAUUACCAAAGGUGUCAUGGGCAUAACAAAUGUCUUUCCGUGGAUAGAGCCAGCGACGACGUCACGAGAAGACCAAAAGGCCGCUGAUGCUGCCAGACAGUUCAUGUUCGGUUGGUACGCAAAUCCAAUCUUCUCGCAACAGGGCGACUAUCCCCAAGUGAUGAGGAAAGCGGUGGACGCCAACUCCAAACGCCAGGGCUUCCCUCGCUCCCGUCUACCGUACUUCACAGCCGAAGAAGUGGAAAUGAUUCGGGGAUCCUUCGACUUCAUGGGUCUGAACCAUUACACCACUUACUUAGCAGCACCGGGCUCAGGGAAAAUCAGUACUAAACCGUCAUAUCAAGAUGAUAUAAACGCGAUAAUUACACAAAAGGAUGAGUGGCCCAAGUCUAAUUCUACGUGGUUAAGGGUAGUGCCAUGGGGCUUCAGGAGAUGUUUAAACUGGAUUAAGAACGCCUACAACAACCCUAAGAUCUUGAUCACGGAGAAUGGGGUGUCUUUUGAAGCCGGCCUUCACGAUACCAAACGUGUGAACUACAUCGAUGCGUAUCUUCGGGCAUUACAUGCGGCCAUCUAUAAAGAUGGUUGUCAUGUUCUGGGGUAUACCUACUGGAGCCUGAUGGACAACUUUGAAUGGAUGAGGGGCUACUCGGAACGGUUUGGCUUGUAUCAGGUUGAUUACGAGUCUCAGAACCUCACGAGAACGCCCCGUCUAUCAGCUAAGUACUUCUCAAACGUGGCCAAGACCGGUUGCUUGCCUGACGACUAUACUGACUACACUUAUAAUACUGACUAAAAAGUUUAAAGUCAACUAUUCGUCAUGAUAUUAUUAGCUUUAUCUUGCCCAUAUCAUGUUGUCUCUAUCACUUUAAAAGGUUGAAUAGAGAUAGAUAGAUUAUGAAUUUACAGUUGUGUUUCGUUUGUGUAUACUGCGGAGUUUGUAAUGUUAGUGCUCGAUGUUAGUUACAUAUUAAAAGUAUUAAAUUGAGGUCAUCAAACUCAUCAUUAUA